AACCAGGUUAUCUGAGCUUCUUAACUCUUUACAGGUAAAGGAGCGAUUAACUCUUUACAGGGUAAGGAGGGAUUUUAUGCUACCCUUAGCUGUAUGUUUAUGACAGUUGCAGUUCUGACUUGAUGAUUGAAAGGUUUUAAAAUUAACUUCUGUAACAGGUUUUUGGAUGAAUAAUCAUGGAGACUAAAUUUUGGGAAACUCCUGGCACUUGCAAGCAUUGUCAGAAAUUCCCAGCAGUCGAAUAAAUAUUUGCAAGUGGUGGAUAACAGGACCUCUCAAAUCACACUGAACUGAAUUAGGCAAAGCAAUUCGCUAAUCAGUGUGUUUGGUUUUUAUGUCUUUCUAUUUAAGGAUUUGACCAGCUUUGCACCUAGUGCACUCAGCAGACACUUCAGACUGGAGAGAAUGUUUGCUUCAGAAAAUAUUAAGAGACGUUCACUUGGACUAUGAGGUCAGUAACGAGGGGCUCUCCUCCUGCACUAUCUCUGCUGCAGCCACAUAUACUGAUUCUGAAGAGACAUGAAGUCACGCAGGAGCUGCUGUUCUAUCCUACUGUUCCUCAGUUUCUCCCAUGCUCUUCUCAUUGACAUUCCUCAGGAGUCAGUCAAAGGAACUGUCGGUCAUUCUGUCCUCCUGUCCAUCUCCUAUAGACUCCAGGGGCCAUUUUCCUCUCCUCUGUCCAUUCAGUGGAAUUUCAGUAACUACCCUAAUCCACUCACCACGUACACAGUGACUAACUGCUCUGUCAGUGCAGAGGGGAUUCCCACCUGCAGCUCUGGACAUAAUUUUAUAAAUCCUGCAUACCAAGGCCGGACUGUAUUUUUCCCUGAAAAUGCUUCUCUGCUCCUUCAGAACCUGCAGCUCAGCGAUAGCGGAGUCUACAGUGUCACCUUCAAAGUACCACAGCAAACCAGACACAUCACAUUAACUGUAUCUGAACCUCAUUUCAACCAUGGAAAUGCGGAGGGUGGAACAGGAAACAAAAUGAAUUCACCUCUUGUCCUUUUCCUUGGACUCUUGAUCACUGGAGGCUUAAGUUUUCUCCUGCUCCUCCUGUUGCUGUUCUUCUGCUGCAGAUGGCACAAGGGUGCAGUUCAGCAGAAGAGGACAAGAAUCAUAAAGCAACAAGAAGAGGUCCCAAAUCAUGAGGAUUCUCACAUGGAAAGUUUGUUACCAAUGACGGUAUCAACAAUUUAUGCAAGGAUUGGAGAAGAUGCUGGGCAGAGGCAGCGCAGAUCAGAGUCACAGACUGAUUAUGUCUCUAUAAACUUCUCUUAACAGCAGCUGUAACCUCAACAUGCAGAGCUGGUUUUAGGCAUGAUCAGCACAUGUAGUUACUGUGGGAGCCACACAGUUCAAGAGCUCUGCUGUAAAUAACCAAAUUAUCCUAUUUAAUGGGAACAAGACAGAAAUGUCAGUAUUGUUUAGAUGGUUUUUCCAGACUUCCCAACUCUUCAGAAGAGUGUAUUUUACACAUAUAAAUGGAUGAUGGAUUAAAACAUAAGGGUCUUUGUGAACUCAGGACUCAUCUGUUUUAGGUGCAGCUUGAGGCACUGAAACGUGUAGAGUAUCAUUAUUGUCUCUUUGUAUUGGGGUAGAGCCUGGAGGCCCCAGUCAGGGAUCAGGAUACCAUUGUGCCAAGCAGUGUACCCACACAACAUAAAGCUUGUUCCUGCCUCAAAGCAUGUGGGACAUCUUAAGCACUAGUAUGUGUUCCAUUGACAUGUACCCUGUGUGCCCCUGCUCCACUAGCUCUCUGGUACAUAUGAUAUGUCGUUUGUGUAGCAUUUGGUGCCAUCAAGUGGUAUCCAGAAUAAGAAACUUACAGUACAUUGUUGUAGGCUCUGCUGUUGUCUGUGUGCUCCAUGAAGAUCCUGGAAUGAGCUGCUAUUUAUUUAUUCUAAAGUAAUUUUGAAAACACGGUGUGAAGAUGAAAGGAAUUGGGUGAGUGGGGUGUGGAAUUGCUACUUAUCUGGGGAAGGAAGGAUCUUCCUUUUGCAACUGUUUACAUUUUUCAUUUGGCAGGAAGCUAAUGUCCAUGGGCUUCCCUUAAUUUGGGAGCCUGGAAAUGUAACAGAGAAGCUUAGAUUCUUUUUAAAGUAAGUUUCUUUCCCUUUCACUAUGAAGAUACCCUUGAUACAUUAAACCAAUAUAACCUGAUUGCUAGUGCUGAACGUUUGUUAUUUAUUUUUCCUGGCGUCACAGCCUCUCCAUGGUUCAUUUUCUAGCCAAAAAGGCCUGACUUUGGGAAUCCAUGAAAAUUUUGGCAACAGAACGCUCCAUUUUGGUUCAAC